AUGCCGCCAGAACAGCAAUACUGGCUCCCGGGCUACGGACUGUCCCGCCAUAUCGUCCUAGGACACAUCCACUACUUCCUGGGCCCAUCCGCAUCAGUGAGACCGUAUAGCCUCCAGGGGCGCGAAGGUUAUCUGAUCACUGGAAUGCCUCUCACACGGGAACAAAUCGAUGAUCUGGCGGCUAUGUCUCGCGAGUACGAGAAGCAGGAGGCUUUGCGCAUGACCAACCAGAAAACCACCGGUCAUAAUACUCAUGAAGGAUCGUCGAGAGAGCCGGAACCUUAUAUUAAUGAGCUCAUUCCCGUGGAUCCAAAUCGAAGCCGCAGACGGGAGCCGGACUCGAGAGGCCCCGGCCGUUGA